AUGGGUCUUCUUGACACUUCCUAUGCUGCUUACUACGGUUUUACCGUGGAUCAAUUUUCACUUAAGGGCAACACGGCCGUUAUUAGCGGCGGUGUACGAGGUUUGGGCUUCGCUUUCGCCGAAGCCCUUGCUGAAGCUGGAGCGAAUAUUGCCAUUUUGGACAUCGGUACACCUCAAGCCGGAUCGCUAGAAAAGCAAGUGAACGAGGUUGUUGAGACCAUCGAAAAGGAGUUCGGAAACGUGGAUGUCAACAUCAACGCCGCCGGGGUCGCUACUGAUGAGCCUUUCCUUGCUACAUCCGACAAGAAUCUUAGCUCCACAUUUAACGUCAACUUCGUUGGCUCUUUCCUAGUUGCCCAGGCUUGUGCCAAUUCUAUGGUUAGGAAGUGGGAGAAGCUUGGUAAGCCGGAGCUAGAAGAUGCUCCUCGAAUUGGCUCUAUCAUCUUCAUUUCGUCUGUUGCAAUAUCAGCACCUCGCCCCUUGCGAUGGAACUGGCCCAAUACGGUAUCAGGUCAAUUCGCUGUCCCCUGGCUCAACACGAACGGACAUGAUGAGAAGGUGGAGCAAACCUUCCCCGACCUCCUGAAGCAAUUCAACCAAGAGUCUAUGUUUGGGCGUGUGGGUGAGCCAGAGGAGCUUAAACCCGCUAUUCUUUAUCUCGCUUCUGGCACUUGGAAAACUGGACAAGACCUAUUGGUCGAUGGAGGCGUGAGCUCUUGGAAGCACCGAGGCAAUUGGUAG